AUGAAGUUGCCCAACAUCGUCCUUGUCUCGGGCUUCUUGCUCUCUGCCAGUGCAAGCCCCAUCCCAAGCCGCCACGACGCCGCGGAUGCCGACCUGGCUUACAACAUGCCUUCUGCCGCUGCCCGCAGCGAGGUGGACGCUGAUAUGGCUUACAACAAACCUUCCGCCAUUGCCCGAGCGGAUGUAGACGCCGAUCUGGCCUACAACAAGCCUUCUGCCAUUGCCCGGGAUGAGGUCGCCGCCCUGGCUUAA